GGUUCUGAACUCUUGAAGGCUGUGAUUCCUGGGUGCUGUUUGGAAAUUGGCACCAUGGAGACGAAGAAGAAACCCUUCCCACUAUGGCCAACCCAGGCCCCACAUGGGCCCAGAAGGAUGCAUGCCAACCCUACUGGAAAUGUGACCACAAGGAGUGACAAGGCUUGUCCACCUCAUAUGUACCUCCUGUUUAGUGAAAAAAUAAGUGGUGCCGAAGGAACGAAGCUAGAUGAUGUAUUUCUGGACAUGGAAAAGAAAGUAGAAAUUACCAGUAAGGCUGUUUCAGAAAUCAUUUCAAGAGCCACAGAGUAUCUCCAGCCCAAUCCAGCAUACAGAGCUAAGCUAGGAAUGCUGAACACUGUGUCGAAGCUCCGAGGGCAGGUGAAGGCCACUGGCUACCCGCAGACAGAAGGCUUGCUGGGAGACUGUAUGCUGAAAUAUGGCAAGGAGCUUGGAGAAGAAUCUGCUUUUGGCAAUGCACUGUUGGAAGUUGGUGAAUCCAUGAAACUCAUGGCUGAGGUGAAGGAUUCUCUGGAUAUUAAUGUGAAGCAAACUUUUAUUGACCCACUGCAACUACUGCAAGACAAAGAUUUAAAAGAGAUUGGGCACCACCUGAGAAAGCUGGAAGGCCGCCGCCUGGAUUAUGAUUAUAAAAAGAGGCGAGUAGGUAAGAUACCCGAGGAAGAAAUCAGACAAGCAAUAGACAAGUUUGAAGAGUCGAAGGAACUGGCCGAAAGAAGCAUGUUUAAUUUUUUAGAAAAUGAUGUAGAGCAGGUCAGCCAGCUGGCCGUGUUUGUAGAGGCAGCAUUAGACUAUCACAGGCAGUCCACAGACAUCCUCAAGGAGCUACAGAAGAAGCUAGAGUUGCGAAUAACUUACGCCUCCAAAACCCCCAAGCGAGAAUACGUGUCAAAGCCUGUGAACACGGGUCCCAGUGACGUCAAUGGAGUCUCCACCAGCAAGUCAUCAAAGAUGUCAGGUACUCACAUUCCCACGGACCAGCCCUGUUGUCGUGGUCUCUAUGACUUUGAGCCAGAAAACCAAGGAGAAUUAGGAUUUAAAGAAGGGGACAUCAUUACAUUAACCAAUCAGAUAGAUGAAAACUGGUAUGAAGGAAUGCUACGUGGGGAAUCCGGCUUCUUCCCCAUUAAUUACGUGGAAGUCAUUGUGCCUUUACCUCGGUAAAUGUGUCUUUUGGACCUAAUUUCAUAACUGAAAUGAAUCUGCACCAGUGUUCUCUCAGUGUGGUGUUCUGUGACAUCCCCACUCUCUGGCCCACUUAAUCACUUUUGUAUGUGUGUUUUCUUUAUAAUGUAUUUUGUAUCAAUUUAAUUUGUAUAACUGAUUCCUUUGUCCUAACUCAUAAAGAUAGUUUUCUUCUUGUUCUAAAAAGUCAUUGGUUAAAUGUAUUUGCUUCCUGUUGCGGAAAAAAAGUAAAUUGCGCCCAUUACAGAUAUGUGAACGAAUGACCUGUGUUGUUCUUAGCUGCAGUGGAAUGCACCCUUUGCAGCUGAAAAAGCUAAAGAUUUUGUUUCUUGAGGUUUCAAUGGUAUCCAGUCUUUACCUGUUUUAAGCUUAUCUGUGAACAGCCCAAUAAAGAUGACACGCUGUGUUCAUUAAA